UGAAAAUAGGAAAAAAGCAUUCUUCUGUCAUAUCUCACGGCCCUCCUCGCUAGCCAGCAUACAAAAAGGGUAUUUCCAUAUGGUGUUGAGCGAAGUAAUGAAUUUCACAAUCUACGUCUUCGUUGCAAACAUCUUAGUCUCUUCCCUAUCUUAUGUCGAUGGCCGAGAUUCGAAAAAACCUCAUAAAGAGAACGAACUGAAAAGAAGACCGUGGCUCCACGAUUAUACAGAGGAUUUCCUUGGACUUAACCAGGAAGAAUAUAUGCUAAUAGAAUCAGCUGGCACAAUCGCACUAAAGGAAGGAGGACCAGAACGGUUUGGUCGAGUCCUCGCUGUGAACCGCGAGUUGACGAAAAAAUUUAAUGCGAUCACCUUUACUCAGUUCCGCCUAAGCAAGGAAGCGUUUAGAUUCAUCCAGAAGCUAACAUAUACUAUAGAAAAAGAGCGACGUACGGGAAUAUCGCAAGCGAGAGAUUUUGCAAGGCAUGUGUUGGCUAUGUCUUUGAAACCUGGACUUUGUCGUGAGCUUUCUCAAUAUCUCGAAGGAACAAACUAUAAAAGAGGGAUAAAAUCAAUUCUCGAAACGGAUCGAGAAGAUUAUCUGGUCAAUUGCUGAAGUUAGGGUAGCUAAGUUCUACCCGAUCCAUCACCCUCGCAAGACUGAUAUGUAUGCAAGUUUCCCGUAUUAUGGAUCCCUCGGUACAUAAGUAGUCGAUUUAAAUCACUUGCAUUUGUAUCACGCGUGAACUGCCUUGAUAAAACCUAACUCUAGCGAAGAUUUUAUUACCACUGCGUUUAUAACACAGCCCCGCAAUAAAGCAGUUCUUUACU